CUCCACCUCUGCUUCCAGGAGGAUCUUUGGACUUUGUGCGGAUUUGGCUGUUUACUGUUAUCUGGUUAUCUGGAAGGGAGAAGCACUCAGUGAAUAGGGCAACGACCCCCCCCCAGUAUUUGCUCGGGGGCCUUGGCUCUGUCAUCCAAGUAUCCCUCCGCCCCUGGGGCAAAGGCGCAGGAGGAGGGACCUGUCACCCCCGGCACUGCCGAAACGUCUCUUCCUCUGCCAGCAGCUCGGGGACGCGAGCAGCCAUGCAGCCCUCCCGGUGGAUCGCAGCCUGGCUGCUCCUUCUCCAGGCCUGCACCCCAGGACGCACGCAGCAGGCCGCCUCCCCCAGGACUGACAUUCGGGACUGCUCUGUGGACCCACCGUACCUGCCCCCCACGGCCACCAACACCACGGCGCGGCUCGCCGCUCUGCGGGAUGCCAUGCGCGCCCGCAGCAUCCACGCCUACAUCGUGCCCUCCACGGACGCCCACAUGAGUGAGUACAUCGCCGAGCGGGACUCCCGUCUGGGCUGGCUCACCGGCUUCACCGGCUCUGCGGGCACCGUGGUGGUGACACAGGACAGGGCGGCCCUGUGGACCGACAGCCGCUACUGGACGCAGGCGGAGCGGCAGCUGGACUGCAACUGGGAGCUGCAGAGGACAACAUGGAUCAAGUCCAUCGGGCAGUGGAUCCUGGAGUCGGUUCCUGCGGGGGGGAAUGUCAGCCUGGACCCCUUCCUCUUCUCCAUCGACACCUGGAACAGCUACAGCCAGGCUCUACAGGGCUCCGGCAGGACCUUGCUGCCCAUGGAGACCAACCUCGUGGACCAAGUGUGGGGCGACCAGAGACCCCCUCCGGCCUCCGGCGAGAUCUACAGCCUCCCGGCGGAGUUCACGGGGAGCAGCUGGCAGGAGAAGGUGGCCGGGAUCCGGCAGCAGAUGGAGGCGCACACACGGAGCCCCACGGCUGUGCUGCUCUCGGGGCUGGAGGAGACCGCCUGGCUCUUCAACCUCCGUGGAGAUGACAUCCCCUACAACCCUGUCUUCUACUCCUACACCCUCCUGACCAGCACCGACAUCAGCCUGUUCGUGGACGAGGCGCGCCUGACGGCAGAGGCACGGCAAUCCCUGCGGGCCGACUGCCCCGGGCGGCUCUGCGUGGAGCUGCGGAACUACAGCCAGGCACGCACCCACCUCCAGCGCUACGCCCAGGGCAACGUCACGGUGUGGCUGGGCACCGAGUACACCACCUACGGCCUCUACGGCGUCAUUCCCCAGGAGAAGCUGCUGGAGGACAGCUACUCCCCGGUGAUGCUGGCCAAGGCUGUGAAGAACGGCAAGGAGCAGGAGCUGCUGCGAGCCGUUCACGUUCGGGACGCGGUGGCUGUCAUCCAGUACCUGCUGUGGUUGGAGAAGACAGUGCCGCAGGGGCAGGUGGACGAGUUUUUGGGUGCCCGCCACAUCGAUGCCCUCCGACGGGCCCAGCAGCACAGCCGCGGGCCCAGCUUCGAGUCCAUCUCGGCCAGCGGGCUCAACGCGGCGCUCGCCCACUACAGCCCAUCCAACACCAGCACAAGGAAGCUGUCGGUGGAUGAGAUGUACCUGUCGGACACCGGCGGGCAGUACCUGGAUGGCACCACAGACAUCACGAGGACCGUGCACUGGGGCACGCCGACCCCGCUCCAGAAGGAAGCCUACACCCGCGUGCUGAUGGGCAACAUCGACCUCUCCCGCCUCGUCUUCCCCCCCCAACACGGCCGAAACGUGGAGUCCUUCGCCCGCCGGGCGCUCUGGGACGUGGGGCUCAACUACGGCCACGGGACCGGCCACGGCAUCGGCAACUUCCUCUCGGUCCAUGAGUGGCCCGUGGGUUUCCAGUCCAACAACGUGCCGCUGGCUGCGGGCAUGUUCACCUCCAUAGAGCCCGGCUACUACCGGGAUGGAGAGUUCGGCAUCCGCAUCGAGGACAUCGCCCUCGUGGUGGAGGCGCAGACCAAGCACCCGACCGGGGAGGAGCCCUUCCUGACCUUCGAGGUGGUGUCGCUGGUGCCCUAUGACCGCAACCUCAUCGACAUCAGCCUCCUGUCGCAGGAGCAGAUAAAGUACCUGAACGCCUACUACGAGACCAUCCGGGCACGCGUGGGGCCGGAGCUGCAGCGGCAGCAGCUGGAGGAGGAGUACCGCUGGCUGCAGAGGAACACCGAGCCCUUCCCGCUGGCCAGCACCAGCACCGCCGCCGCCGCCACGCUGGGCACGCUGGCCAUCAGCUCGCUCAUCUCCGUGCUCCUCGCUGAGCUGCAGGCCUGACCCUGACUCCUCCCCUGCUGAGGCAGCUUCUUCUCACCACCGCUCACUUCCUUGUUUUGCCUUUUUUUUUUUUUUUAUAAUUAUUAUUUUCAUCCUUGCAAUUAAACAGUGUCAACACCGA